CAUUCACCAAUCGCAAUUAGUUUUCACAUUAUAACAAGAAAUAUUAGCACAAAAUGUUCAAAAAAGUUGCUGUGGGUAUUUCUGGUGGUGUAGAUAGUGCUGUAGCAGCAUUUUUGUUAAAGAACGCCGGCUAUCAGGUGGAAGGAGUUUUCAUGAGAAAUUGGGACAAUAAUUACGAAGUCGGUUUUUGUUCAGAUGAGAAAGAUUAUGAAGAUGCCUCAUUUGUUUGUCGUAAGCUUGAUGUUCCUUUACACAGAGUGCACUUUAUAAAAGAAUAUUGGAAUGAUGUUUUCACCACUUUAUUAAAGGAAUAUGAAUCAGGGUUGACUCCAAAUCCGGACAUACUUUGCAACAGAUAUAUUAAAUUUGAUAGGUUUUUUGAACAUUGCAGGAAAAAUUUAGCUGUAGAUGCCAUUGCAACUGGCCACUAUGCUAAUACAACUUUUGGACCAUAUUUAGAUAACUUUAAAGAAGAUGAAAGUGUAAAGCUUCUACAGCCAGUUGAUAAACAUAAAGAUCAAACAUUUUUUCUGUCCCAAGUAAAACAAUUCUCAUUAAGAAGAUGUAUGUUUCCAUUGGCAAGAUAUUUGAAAAGUGAAGUAAGAGAAAUAGCAAGAAAGAAAGGUCUUAUGAAUAUUGCUAGUAAAAGGGAUAGUACAGGAAUAUGUUUUAUUGGCAAAAAGAGAUUCAAAAAUUUCAUUCAAGAGUUUAUUCCUGAGAAGAAUGGAUACUUUAUUGAUAUAGAUACAGGACAUAUUGUGGGAGAGCAUACUGGUAUCCAUAAAUGGACAAUAGGACAACGAUGUUGUUUGCGGAGCUUCAAAGAUGCAUACUUUAUUUUUAAAAAAGAUGUAGUUUCUAAUAAUAUUUAUGUUGUUGCGGGAACUAAACAUCCUGCCCUUUGGAAUAAUAUUUGCUACACCAACCACCCUCACUGGAUUUCUGAAGAACCAGUAGAUUUAGUUAAGAAAUGUGUAUGGAAAGCCUAUUUUAGAUUUCAACAUACUAAGCCUUUAGUACCUUGCCGGGUAGUUACUAACUCUGAUGGCUUAACAAUAAUAUUAGAGCAAAAUUUAAGAGCAAUAACAGAAGGGCAAUAUGGGGUUCUGUAUAGUAAUAAUAUAUGUUACGGUAGUGCAAAGAUAAAAGGUAUUCAUAAAAACCUUAAACUGCCUUCCAUUGAAUAAGUCUUAAUUUUAUAUAGAAGACUAACACAAUAGUCAUGUAUACAUUGUUAUUGUUAAUAUUAUUAUGAUUGAAAAUUUAUUUAUAAAAAUUAAUAUAAUUUGCUGUUCUAAACAGAAAACUUUGUUUCCAAUAUUAUCAUCACCUUUUCCAAUAUUUUAGCUGAAGUGUUAGGUACCCUAUCUGUAAGGGCUAAUAAUUAGUGAUGUACGGAACUUCCGACUAAUCGGUAAAGCCGACUAUCUGGCCACUUUUGUAGUCGACAACCAUUCGGCUAAGAGCGCCAACUAUCUGGCUCCUUCUUUGUAUGUAUUUCUCAGAAUUGAUGAUACAUAUUAGACCAGGGUCGAUAAUUUUUUAAACCAAAAAAAAAUAUAGUAGGAUGAAAACCAUUGGAAAAGGAGGAGAAUAUAAUCAAAAUUAAAGGA